AUCUGCGCCAACAGUUUGGUCCUAUUUAUUGUAUCCUUGAGUCAUCACGCUUGGGUAAUAAGGUGUUUGUUUUGAGGCAAAAAGGAUGAGAAGAAGACAAGUUUUAUAGUGAAAAUAUGUAGUAUUCACUAUUCCACGGCAAGCCCAGAUGGCAGAUAGCAUCGCAUGGGUCUGUAUGGUAGAGUGGUUGGGUGGAGGGUGGUGGGUGUGGGGAAGAGGGGCGAGAUGCGUUUAAUUUUGGCGUGUCAGGCUUUUGAAACCGAGAUGUGACCUCAUAAUGCAUGUAUAAAGGGCAUCAAUGAAAUAAAUAAUAGGUAAGAUGGAGGGAGAGAGGAUAAGGAUGAGCAUCAUUGGCCUCGCAAUAAUGAAAUUCCAGAUAAAGCUCUGGGAAAUGAGUCGAAGUCAGACAAAUCCAGAGAGAGAAACCCACGUGGAAGCGUAGUAGCACUAGCACACUGGAAAAAAAAUAAAACAACUGCCCUGCACCGCCGUUGGAAAGCUAAAGAUGGUGUUAGAAAACAAACCAUCUGCCCACUCAUCUAUUUAUAUUUUUUUUAAGUAUUUGAGUAGAAAGAGAGCGUAGCCUCCACCACCAGUUGCAGACCAAGACGGAAGACCUGUUAGAUUUUGUUUCCUUCAGAGUUUGAAGCGUGGUUCUCCCCUCAUUUGGAGUUGAAGGCACAUUCCCAUAACUUGAAAUUGAAGCAGAGAAGUGUAGUGGGUGAUAGAAGGGAUGAUAUUGGUGGCGGUAGUAGCAGAGCUCAUGGAGGAGUACACAGCGCUGUUGGCAAGGGUGCUGGAGCAUAUCUUCCACGAUGCCCCUUUCCCCAGGAGAAUUCGUUUUCUCAUCCUCCGCAGUCUCCCCUUCGCUUCCCCCUCCUCUCUCCACUUCAUUAGGGCCCCUGCUGCUUGAUCCCCUCUCGUUUAUUUCAUUGUUCACUUCUCUAUGUACAUCAGAGUUGAUUCUCUUUGUUUCUCCCUUUCCUUUUCCCGGCUCUCUCUCUCUCUCCCUUUGAGAACUGAAACAUGUUUGUAAUAGCAACCUCUCUAUCUGUUUAAUCUGCAGUUUUUUUCUUUAACUGAUUAAACCUCUCUCUCUCCCUUUCAGCUCUCCCUUUGAGAACUGAAACAUGUUUGUAAUAUCAACCUCUCUAUCUGUUUAAUCUGCAAUUUUUUUUUGUAACUGAUUAAACCCUGUUUAAAGGGAUGAUUAUCUA